AUGUUAGCAAAAAAAGUUAACGGAUAUGCUGGUUUUACACUUGACGCUAUCCAAACAAUAUACUUCAACAGAGCUAUCAAGCUUGUCAGACCACCUAAAGCUUUGUCUCAUAUUCCACAUGUUCCUUACUUUUCAUACAUGUCUUCGUUAAUAAAGAAAGAAAACACCAUAUCCAGAAACAAGCGCUUUGCAAAUAAGCUGUUUGAAGAUCCAGAAAGCAAUGGCUUAUAUUUGCGUCCCAAUGUCAAAGGCUGGGAAGUUGUAGUGACAAGACCUGAGGAUGCAAAGAAACUUUUAUUUAAAAGUGAUAUAUUUCCCAAGGCUGACUUUACUUCUGGCAUCGAUGGAACAAUCCUUUCAAAAUUCUCGCGUGGCCCAAAUCUUUUAUUCACAACUGGAGCUCACUGGAAGGCUCAGCGUAUGGUUGCAAAUCCAGCUUUUCAUCGAUCUGCACCUGUUAAGCUUUUUGGUGAAUUAACACAAAAGCUGUUCAGAGUUAUGGACAAUCGAGCUAAUAAAACAGUCGACAUCACAAGGCUUAUGGAGGCCUGGGCUCUAGAUGCUAUUGGACUUGCAGGUUUUGAUUUUGACUUUAACGCGAUAGAGAACCCAAAUUCAUCUUGGGUUAGAAUUUACGAAAGAGUUGAUAAAGCCUUAGUACAUCCUUUCUACUCGUUCUUCCCAAAGGCUGAUAAAUAUCUACUUUGGGUGCUCCCAAAUAGAAAGCAAGCUCACACUGACCUCGACAUAUUUUUGAAGAUGAUUGAUAAUGUCAUUAUCGCUAAGAAAAAGGCCCUACAUGAAAAUAAGUCAAACAAACACUUGGAAAACAGCGAGAAAGAUCUUUUGACCUUAAUGCUCGAAAGUGAAGCCAAAGGUAGUACUUUAUCAGCCAAAGAGCUUCGAAGCAAUAUGUGCGUAUUUUUUGCUGCUGGCCAUGAAACCACGGCAAAUUCUCUUGCUUACGCCAUAUACUUUAUGGCUGUUAACCCCGAUGUACAGUGUAAGGCAAGAGAAGAGGCUUUUAAGGUUCUUGGAGACGCGCAAGAGGAUAUUAUGCCUACUAUUGAGCAGACUAAAUCGAUGGAUUAUAUAAAUGCCGUGAUAAAAGAAACUCUUCGUUCGCAUAGCCCUGCGCUAGGUACAUUCGCUCGCAAAGCUACUAAAGACACUGAGCUUGGUGGUGUACUGAUCCCUAAGGACACAAUGAUCUCCAUGGACAUAUUCAACUUACAUCAUAACCCUAACGUAUGGAAUAAUCCUGAUGAGUUUGAUCCUAGCCGUUUUCUUCCUGGUGGCGAAGCCGAAAAGCAAAUAAAUAAUGGGUUCUCAUGGAUUCCUUUUGGCACUGGUGCUCGCCAGUGUAUCGGGAUGAAUUUUAGCUUGAUUGAGCAACGCGUAAUGCUUUCUAUGAUGUUGCGAAAGUUUGCUUGGAGUCUACCAGAAGAUUCAAUCCACAAAGACUAUUUGCACACCACAAAUUUAGUUAUUUCAUCCGCCAAAGAUCUCAAUAUUAAUUUUGAAAAAUUGUAUUGA